AUGGCCACCCGGGACCUGACGAUAGGAUUGGUCUUCUUAUCGCAGGUUGUAUUUGGAAUCCUGGGGAAUUUCUCUCUUUCUUACCAUUAUCUCUUCCUUCACUUCACUGGGCACAGUUUAAGGUGCACAGAUUUGAUUAUCCGGCACCUGAUAAUAGCCAACUUCUUGGUCAUUCUGUCUAAAGGAGUCCCCCAUAUAAUGGUAGCCUUUGGGGUGAGACGUCUCCCCAGUGCCACUGAAUGUAUGCUCAUUUUCCAUGUUCAAAGAAUGGCCAGAGCCACCUCCAUUGGCACCACCUGCCUCCUAGGCCUCUUCCAGGCCAUCGCCAUCAGCCCCAUGAACUCCAGCACAGACUCAUUGUACGUAGCAUUGCUAUUGUUCAUUGAUGUUGUUUAUUUUGUGCUCAUGUUCUGGGCCAGCGGCUUCAUGGUCUCCAUCCUGUACAGACACAAGCAGAGGGUCCAACACGUUCGCAGGUCCCGUGUCACCUCCCAAUCCUCCCCUGAGUCCAGAGCCACCCAGAACAUCCUUGUCCUGGUGAGCACCUUUGUCUUUUGUAACACCCUCUCCUCCGCCUUUCAAGACCGUAACUUAGAGGGGAACCCGGUUCCCCAAGGGAUCUGCGUGUUCAUUAAAGCUGAAGUGUUCCCCUCUGGGUUCCUCCUACGUCACUUGAGGAGUUUUAAGAAGUUCUACCAGCUGAGUGCUCCUCCACAAGACUUGACUCCGGAGCCCAGCCCUGAGCAGGAGCAGGAGGAAGAGCAGGACGACACGGCUGCUUCUCAGGUACAAUGA